GUACCAGGAUAGCGUACACCACGCGCGCACAAAUUCGGAAAUUCCUCCUCCGCCGCAUCCGAGAAAGGCGAGCCAGCCUCCCCUGGCUCACCCCACCACGCGCCAUCUCUCUCAUAAUCCCCUUUUCGCUGGAUUUGAGAAUACGGCCUCGAGCCUCGCCGUUGUGCCCGCCCCCCCGCCGCGCCAGAUCCCCGUGAAACCGUCCUAGGGGAAAGGAAAGGCAGGGGGUGAUUUUAUUUUAGCAGCCCCGCGCCGCGCGAGAUCCCGGCGCGUGAAACCGCGCCCCCGUCCGUCCUAGGGAGAAAAGGUGGUGAAUUCGAUCUCGGCGAGGACGUGUGGUCGAUCGAUGCAGCCCAAAUGGAAGGCCGUGGAGGCCGCCGGCGUUGUCGUCGGCGACCAGCGGCGGCGUUGCGUGGCGGCGUCGCUGUCCAUGCUGAUCGCGGCCACCCUGGCGUUUCUGGCCUACGUCGCCUUCUUCCCCGACGACGGCGCCGGCGGGGUCUACCGGUGGUGGAGCCGUUGCCAGGAUUGCCCCGGCGGCGCUCUGGGCGAGUUCCCUGUCGAUGAGGCCGCGGGGGCCGAUGGGCCUACCGCCGCCGCCAUCGGCAGCCGUGCGCCCACGACGCUGUCGCACAUCGUGUUCGGCAUCGGCGCCUCGGCGCAGACGUGGGACCAGCGGCGAGGGUACGCGGAGCUCUGGUGGCGGCCCGAGGCGAUGCGCGGCCACGUCUGGCUGGACGAGCAGCCCGUCGGCCCAUGGCCUGCGGCGACGUGCCCGCCGUACCGCAUCUCGGGGGACGCGUCCCGGUUCGGGAACCGGGCGUCGGCUUCGCGGAUGGCGAGGAUCGUGGCGGACUCGUUCCUGGCAAUCGCGAACGACACAGCCACGGGCGCCGUCCAGGAGAACGAGGCGAGGUGGUUCGUGAUGGGCGACGACGACACGGUGUUCUUCCCGGACAACCUGGUGGCAGUGCUGCGCAAGUACGACCACGAGCAGAUGUACUACGUCGGGGCGCCGUCGGAGAGCGUGGAGCAGAACGUGAUGCACUCGUACGGCAUGGCCUUCGGCGGCGGCGGCUUCGCCGUUAGCUACCCGGCCGCCGCGGAGCUCGCCAAGGCCAUCGACGGCUGCCUCGACCGCUACUCGCAGUUCUACGGCAGCGAUCAGCGCGUGCAGGCUUGCCUCAGCGAGCUCGGCAUCCCGCUCACCCGCGAGCCAGGAUUCCAUCAGGUGGAUAUCCGCGGUGACGCGUACGGGAUGCUCGCGGCCCAUCCGCAGGCGCCGCUGGUUUCGCUCCACCACCUCGACCACAUCGAGCCCAUCAGCCCAGUCGGGCACACUGCGUUGAGCGCGGUCCGGCCGCUGAUGGACGCGUCGCGGUUCGACUCGGCCCGGCUGCUGCAGCAGGCCUUCUGCUACCAGCACGGGGUGGACUACACCUGGUCCGUGUCCAUCGCGUGGGGCUACACGGUCCAGGUAUACCCGUGGGCUGUAGCCCCGCACGAGCUGGAGGUGCCGCUGCAGACGUUCAAGACCUGGCGGACCUGGGCCAACGGGCCUUUCGUCUUCAACACCCGGCCCUUGUUUGGCCCGGACAACCCGUGCUACCGGCCUGCCAUCUUCUUCCUUAGCCGUGUCCGGAACGAGACCGGCCGAGCCACCGUCAGCGAGUACUCGAGGCACCAUCCCAAGUCGGAGAAGGAGUGCGACAAGGCCAGCUUCCGUGCUGCAUCCACGGUCCAUACGGUCAAGGUGUUCGCUCCCAAGAUGAGCCAAAAUGAGUGGAAACGGGCACCACGACGGCAUUGCUGCAAAACAAAGAGGACGAGGUGGGGCACGGUGCUAGAGGUGCGGAUACGAUACUGCGGCCGAGGAGAGCUCACCACCCCGUAGCUCCAUCGUCUUUUGCCGCAAGGUUGCCAGUUCUCCACAGGACGGAGGGUAGAGUGCCAUUGUGGCAGUGCGAUAAUAAUGGGAUGGCAAAGGUGAAUAAUCCUCUCCGUGCUCGCAGGGACACAGAAAAUAGCUUCUCUUUGGACCGUACUUUCCUGCUGGCGCGCGACAGAUGGACUUCAGUCAGUGUGUCCAGAUGGCUAACUAUAUAACUUAUGGGGCAAACUGGCAAACGCAUACAUACAUAUACAAACAAGAGGUGCAAAAUUUUCCGUUACUGCCAUAUGGGAUCGUGUACUGUUUCUGCACAGAGGCGGUUGUUCUGGUUACAGGAGAUGGGUGGUCCAUUUUCACAUGUAAAUUAAGGGGAGUAGCAGUGAGCAGGAUCCUGCUGUUUUCAGGUUUUACCUCUUUCCUUGUAGUGCUCUGAUUCUACCAUCGGAAGAUGGGUGAUUUGGAAAAGGAUUGUAAAUUAAGGGGAGUAGCAGUGAGCAGGAUCCUGCUCUUUUCAGGUUUUACCUCUUUCCUGGUAGUGCUCUGAUUCUACCAUCGGAAGAUUGGUGAUUUGGAAAAGGAUUGGAAUAUGGGUUGGAAGGGAGAUGAACGGAGGACGUAUAAUUUUCUGCUCCUGCUCCUGAAUGCGGGAGUUUCUUCUGUA